UGUGGCGAAUAGGUUCGUGGACCGGGGACUCAGGGACAUCAAGCAGACCUUGCAACGCAGUACUGAUGACACUUGUGCUUUUCUGAAGAAUGUGGCUGAACCACAUUCACCAUUUGAUGGUGUACAACUACCAGGAACUGGAGUCGUACCUCGACGUGCAUAUAAAUGAUGUGCCCAAUCACAUCUUUCUGGACCUGAUGGAUGUUUCCGAGGGCAAUUCGCUGGCGGAACAGGAGCGCAUCUUGGACAACAUGCCGAAGGCCUACCAGCUGAUGAAGCAAGUGGAUGUCCUGGAGAAGGAGAUGCGCUUCUUGGGGUCCCAGCUGAAAGACGACCAUAAGGACACUGCUCGAUGCGGUGGAAAGGUCCGAGAAGUUUAUCCAAAUUUUAGGCACGAAUUUCAUCAAUGUCCUGGCGAAAAACCUUACCGCGGUAAUCAACGAACGCAUCAAAGACUAUGUUGAAAGGGUGAUCUGGGAGAGCAUGACGAACGUCGGACGUUGCCAGCCCCUCGCCUACAUUUACUAUCAAGGCGUUCACUCCGUCUGUGCCCGUCUAGUGGAUCCCAUCAAUGCCUUUUGGUUGGCCACAAUUAUCUGCGCCCUGCUCCUUCUACCGACACUCGUUGUGUGCCAUCGUCUGAUGUGCUUGUACCUCAGAAUCUAUUCCGCUCCAGUUGACGAUGCAGCAGGUGGAGUCGUGGGUGGCUGUCCCUUCUGCACAGGUCUGCCAGCGCCGGUUGCCAUCUGCCAAGGUGGCCAACAGGCAUAUUGUGAGUGCCCGCUCGGCGACAGGACAGACCAGGCUGAGGCCUCCGAUCCAGUGCAGACGGAACCCCAAGUCCAAGGGGCGAAUAAGAAUCCAGUGACUGAGAGGAGUAAGCGUAAGAACGACUAGAUGCUGUGCAUUUACCAUCAUCGAGGCAAUGAGAGGAACGGCAUGCAUGUGUACUCUAUGUACAUAUGCAAUAUACAACCAUAAUCCAUAACCGAUCCGUCCCCUGUCUUGCCUGAUACCAAAAUAUACCACGGAGCAUGCACGAUCUUGCAUGAGCAUGAGCGUCGUUCCGUAUUUCGAGCUGGUGGCGAAACUGGCUGUAUGUGCUUAUAAUUCCCAACUGGUUCUAGCACGGGCUGUAUGGUAUGGCUCAAGUUUGCUGUGUACCGGUACUCUGGCUUCUCUUCAGUUGUCGAAUAAAUCUUUCGCCUUUUACUAAAGAUUUCCGUGGAGAGGGGCACUCUAAUGAGUCUAAAUUAAUUUUUUGUAGUGCCCUGUCGCAAGACUUGGGGCCAUAAAUGAUAAAUGUUAUUAGGAGGAGAGAUGUAUCGCCCUGACUAUUCCUGAAACUGAAAGCCUUGGAGAAAUCAUCGCUCCACCCCCAGCUUUUGGUCAAGUAAUACAAAUGUAUUAUUAAAAAAAAAUGUAUUUAAACUACGUAAUUACAACUCUAUAAUACAAAUUGUAUUGAUAAAACGUGAAAA